AUGAGCCCUCCGAGACACACAUUUACAGCUGCGUCUACCAUUCGUGGCGACUCGCAGCAAGACCUUGAAUCCCUGGCCGAUUCGUUGCUGGAUUCAUCAAUCAGCCAAACAAAGAAUGGGUCUAAGCCCCCUUCAGAGACCUCGGGAUUUCGUCGUGAUACCGCAGCGUUCAGUACCGGGCGAGCAAAACGAGAUUCUCGUCGAGCAGGUGACAAUUUCGCACCUACGCAUACAACGUCGUCUUCCGUGUCACGUUCACGCGCCACAUCUGGGCACACUGGAUCCUUUGCGGAUCUUUUGCCGAAAUCGAACGCACCUCGCGAACGUAGAGAGUCAUCCGCCAGGGGAUCUUCAUCUCGCUUCGACAGUAGUCGCUAUUCGCAUACCCAGAAGGAGGAUUCUAGCAGAGCGUCUGUUUCUUCAAGUACGACAUCAAAAACCCGCGAACGACUCCGAGAAGUAGAACUAGAGCGAGACAAGCUACUUCGGGAUGUCGCAUAUGGAAAAGGCGUCGUAGAGCGACUCAAAAAGGAGGGCGCCGCCACAGAGCUAGUAGCGUCUCGUACCAAGGCCAGUGUUGAGAGAUUGAAAACUGAGGCCUAUCGCGAGGGGUUGAAAGUGUCGAAAAGUGGUACGGAUGGGUUCUUCAAGAAGGCCUCGUCGACUGACCUGCUCUUUCUCAUGGACACGACGUCCUCCAUGGAUCCUUAUAUGAACGAGGCCAAGGCACAGGUCCGAAGCAUCAUCGACGAGAUCAGGGAGGCUUUUUUUGGUGAGGCUGAGGUGCGGAUUUCCAUCGUCAGCUACAAGGACCACGGGGAUGAGCCGAACAUUCAGUGGUUAGAUUUCACUCCCGACGCCGAUGCGGCACGCGCAUUCCUUGAGAAUCUGUAUGCGGAAGGCGGAGGAGAUCCCCCAGAAGACGUCCUUGGUGGUAUCCAGCAGGCCAUCAACGCGAGCUGGAGAGCCUACACACGCUGCAUGAUACACAUUGCGGAUUCACCGCCGCAUGGACGGAUUUUCCACGAUUCGGAUGACGACACGUACCCUGAGCCUGGAAGCGAGCCUCACCGGCUCACUUAUAAGCCAUUGAUUCGGAAACUGACAGAACUCCGUAUAAAUUAUGCCUUAAUCCGCACGGGAGAAUACACUGAUAAGAUGGCGGAUCUCUUCAUGCAGGAAUAUAAGCCUGCCGCAACCGUGUGUCGGUUGCACAAGUCAAAUGGCUACUACCCGCUGUCGAUGGACAAAGGGACGUUGAAUACUGGAUCCCACCAUCCAGGACAACUGGUCUCCGGUAAAAAGGGGAUCCAGUUUCAAGAGUUGGAGUUGGGCACUACUUACAGUGCUCUCCGACAUCUGAUUGUCCAGAGUGUGACGAGUUCGGCGUCCCUCACUGCCACAUACCUGGCAAACCGUAGGGCCCCUGUGGCUAGAGCCACUGCCAAAGGUCGAGAUCCACGCCUAACCUUAGUGGAAGAGGAAAAUGAAGGAUUGGACGACAUCAAGAUAUCGCUGGAAACCUCACCACCCAAAUGGGACUCUUUGAGUUGGUUUGGCGAGAAGGUCAAUGUUGAGGGCUUCUCCCCGACUGUAAUAGUUCACGGAUUCCAGACUCUCAACGACAUGAUGGCCUCCGAUGAUAAUAUCAUCAUGAGUCCUGUGGAACUCUCACUUCGAUGGCGGUCCAAGCCAUUCUCAAAUGGAGCAACUCGCCAGGCAUCUUAUGCUCGCACCGAAGCUUCGACUGACCGGUUUGUAGUCAAAUCGCCGCUCAAGAGCUCCACAAAGAUGGUCCAUCUCGUUGAAGACAUGCGAUGUCAAGCGCUCUGCCGCGCAUUCGCCCUGGAGUUCAAUGGCCUCGUGGGAUACAGGUUCAGCCUGAAUUUCAUUGUGACCAUAUGCUUCGAGGGGAGAGACAAAGUGACGAGCGAUGCUGACUGUUUGUCUCUCGAGCCCUUUAUUCCGGGCCACUAUGUCAAGUACAACGGCAAUAAUGGAUGGCUACCUGACGACCUGGAAGAUAACGACAUAUUCAAGGCUUGCCAGGCUUUCUCUCAUUUCACGUAUGAACGCUCACUUGGGGAAUUCCUUGUAUGUGACCUGCAGGGUGUGAACAACUUGCUUACCGACCCAGCGAUUCAUACCUAUGAUUUGGAGAGAUUCAAGCUGUCGGCUACGAACUGCAAUAUGGCAGGAAUCAAAUUUUUCUUUGUCAGUCACAGAUGUAACGAGAUUUGUUCCAGUUUGGGACUCCAAAGUACUGCAAACGGUCUGAAGACGGGCAGCCAGAAUUUCCGUACCGACUGGCCCUCCGUGGAGAGUACACUCUUUUGUUCCAACAAGCUCUGUGGCCAGAUUGUGUACGCAUCGCAUGCCAAGCAGUCCACCGAAUAUCCAGGCUGCAGCUGGUGUGAAGAAUGCUGGCCUCAGUUAGAGUCAUCCAAAACAACGAGACUUUGCGUUGGCCCUGGAUCCGACCAUGAGUUUGAGGUUUCAAAGUUCUUCUUCGAGUCGCAAGGGAGUAGGCUACCGCGGGAGUGUCCAAUGCACCGCACAAUGGAGAAAGACUUAUCUGAGGCGGCCUCCACCUCCCGGAAAGGGCUCUGGGCAAGGCUAAAGUCAAGAGCUAAGAGGAUGACUUAA